UGUUUACAUCCGGGUAUCUCCCAAGUUGUCUGCUACACUACAGCACUGAUCUUGAAGAUCAAGAUUACAUUCUUACUUAUAUCUAGUAAAUCUAUAGUUGGCUAGAUGAAAAUCUACUCUUGUCGACUUGACGUCAAAAUAUUCAUUUAUUUUCAAUAUUGGAUCGUCUAGUUCUACGUUCUUGUGCCAGGGUUACUAAUGAGUUUCAUGACCACAGCAAAUGUAGAUUCAUCUAGAAAACAUUUUAUAAUAUUAAUUAGAUAAAAAAAAAUGACUUGUAAUUUAAUAAACAUACACACUGCUAUAACCUGUGAUAAUUAAGGCUUAAGAAUUAAAUACAAAAGUGAUUUCAUUCCUCACUGGAAACAGUUUUAAAAGAUAAAAAAUUUCUGCUGCAAUAUUUGAACACUAAGACAGAAAAUGGAGUGGAAUAUGAUGGAGCCCACAGGUGUGACAUACAUCCUUGGUGACUUGGUGGAGGAUGUCUACAUUCCCAGUGAUGAGUGUGAAGAAGUUCUUGAGGAGAUGAUUGAUGCUUUACUGAAUGAAGAUAAAACCACACUUGAAGUUAGAAGACGCAUGUCCAUUGAGCAGGUGGUGGAAAAGGAUCUUUUGCCUUUGAUGAAAGUUUGCAAUGAUGACGAAAUAUUUGGAAAAAUUGUUAGGUUGAUGGCUAACCUGACACUGCCUCUAGAUAUGUGUAUCUACACACCUUAUAUGAAUGACACUUAUGCUAAUGAAGUGAAUAAUCUCAUAAGUACCACAAAGAACCAAUGCACUGACCUAGACUUUCUCAAAGCACUCAGUGCUAACAUGAAAGACAUAUUGAAGAAAGAAACUUUAGAACCAGCUGACUGCCAGUGUUUAAACCACUGCUUGCUGCUGCUUCGGAACUUGGUUCACAUUAAGCCCGGAGCUAGUAAUACUCACCAGGCCUCUCUAGUGCACCAGUGCCUCAUCAGCUCUUUUUUUAUCAAUGAACUGGACAAAGUCAUCUACACCAUGCUCAACCACAAACACAAGGAGGUGUGGACAAUAGCCAUGGCUCAGCUGAUCUCUUUCAUUUUCAAAGAAUAUUCGACCAGCCUUUUGGAGCCUGACAUAGACGACAACAGCUCAGCUGGCUCCUCAGAAGAGAAUCAGGAUCUAUUGGAGCUUGUCUGUCCCAGCUCCACAUCAGGGCGCACCAGUGACAAGAACCUGAGCACCAACUUCAAAAGUAAACUGCAGAUCCAGUCCUCGGCCUCGGAGAACUCCUCCCAGGCCUCGGACGAUGAUGACUUCAUGCUGGAGUUUAAGUCCACACCAGACGGCAAGCUGGAGAUCAAGCUUACCAGCUGUUCCCAGAAACCAAGUGAAGCCCAGGCCAUGCAGAAUGAAGCUGAAGCCUUGCAGAGGGAAUCUCAGGUUACACAGAGUGACGAGAUGGAUGUUGGUGACGGAACAUUAAAAAAUUCACCAGACUCCAGCUCCAAAAUAUUUUCAAAAAACUUUAAGGGAAGCAACUCCAGCAUUAACAGUGAUGUAGGUUACCAUGAAGGGGAGAGCAACACAAAAAACAUGUAUUCCAACACAAGGGAAGAGAAUGAGGCCAUGUCAUUGAUCAACCCGUCCUCAUGUCUCAUGGAUACAGAUAUUUUAAUCUCAUACUUGAAAAAAUUUGCCACAGAGAUCAUGUACUCAGGUUUUGUAGAUCUUGUGGAGAAUAUUUUAAAAGCCCUUCUGACCAAAUAUGACAACAUCUUGGAUCACUCGUUUCUGAUGUGGACUGUUGGAUUUUUUCUAAGUUUUGCUCAUCAGCAGGGACUGGAUUUCAGCCACUUCAAAGAUGUUUUGAACUUAGAUCUGUUUGGAUUCUUGGUGUAUGAAGGCAUCAAAUGCUGUGAAGCCCUGGCAGUGAAACACAGGCAGAAACAAGAUUGUUCUGUAGAGAAGCAUAGAAUGCACCUGGUUGUCUGCACUUUGAACCAACUGUUUCGUACCCUGCUGGCCAACAGCAAAAUGGAUUAUUUACAGAAUCUGCAAAAAUGCCUGAGUCACAUGACUGAUCUGCAUAACUUGUUUGUUCUUCUGAUUGGUCGCUACAUCUCAGAGGAGCAGAAUGUGGUGUACUUGAGGGACCUGGUACAGACCAACCAUGUCUUCAUCCUGAUCAUAGAAGAGUGGCUGGCUCAGGGCUAUAUUGGGGAACACAGUGGCUUCAGUAUGCUGAGCCAUAUAAAACAGUAUGCCACCAAAAAAAUCAUGUCCAAAUAUGGCAUGCUACUGGAACACUCUGACCUGAACAAAGAUACUCUGAAUGUGGCUGUGCUGACCAUGAUGUAUCAUGUGGCUGGAGACUGCAGACGCCAGGAUGCUCUAAUGCAGCUGCCUAUACUCAAGGCCUUCUCUGAGAUUUGGGUGGAUAAUGCUGUCAGAGAUCAUGAAGAGUUCAAGGAUCUGAUUGAGUUUGUUCUCGAAGUGUUCAUGAAUGAUGCUGAACAGAAUCCAAAUCUCUGUGCCGAGAACUUGCUGGACACUCAGCACUACCAGCAACAGGUGGCGGUCAGGGGAGAGAAUAAGCGAGGGCAUAGCAGCAGUGGUGGCAGUGGGAGUGGGGAUGCUGAAAGCUCCAUGAACAUCAGCAGCUCUAGCUCUUUUGAAGAGUUUAGUGAUGAUGAACAAAUCCUGAUGUUUACCUGGAUGUCUGAGCUGGAAGGUAGCAGCAACAUAGUGGAAGUGGUCACUAAGAGGCUACGGGAUCAUGGCUACUCAAAGUCAGCCAGCCAGGUGUCCAAAUAUCUCAGUGAUAAUGGUUUCUUAGACGUCUCAUCAAGCUCAAUAUCUAACUCCCAGGUUUCAUCUACUACUGGGAGCAAGCUCCAAGACAUUGGAGACUUCCAUGAAAACAAAAGCAUCAUGCUAGAACUGUCGUCUUUACCGGAGGAUCAUUUAAUUCCUUUCCUGUUGGACAAACUCCAGGCUCUUGGAUUUGAACCACAUUUGAAAUGGCUUCAAAAACAGUUGCUCGAGGCUGCUUAUGUCAAACUAGGUAUUAAGGAUCCUACCUACAGAAUCAAUGUUGAGGAGCCUGUUGCAAAAUUUUAUGCCUUACAAAACAAACCAAUACCCAUUGUACCAUGGAAUGAAGAGCUGGAGUCUGCACUCUCCAAUCCUUAUUUCCACUUGCUUCAACAAACUCUCGGCCUGUACACGUGUGAUGACCCCAAUGUCAUCUAUCCCAGAAUUCCUCCUUACCUCACCCCCACACUACUUGUAAACAAAGCUCGGCAGAUCGGUCCCAUUGAAGCAUUGCUUGUGAAGUUUGAUGUGAACACACUGAAGGACAGCUCAGAGCUGGACAUUGAACAGGAGACCCCCCGCCACCACAGGAUAGAGCCCUACAGGCCUGUGAAGACAUUAGAUCACAUGUGGCUGAACCUUAUUCAAAAAAUGAACGGAGAGCUUGAAAUUAGUUAGUCCUGACUACAGCGUGGAUUGUUUCCAUGUUCACAAGUAUUUGUCAGCCUUCGUAUUGAGCAGCUUGCGGCAACCGGGGGAUACAACAUUGAGACAUAAACUUGAUCAGCUUUGCUGUGCUCUUUCAGAAAGUGGAUCAUUUCAAACAGAGUACUCUGUUUAUCAAUGUUUAGAGUCAUAGUGUUUAGUGUUUUAUAAAUACCUUUUUCUAACGAACCAUUCCACAAGUGACUUUUACUUAACGCCUGUUAAAUGUGUAAGGGUUUGCUCUUCCGUAGGGAAAAGUUUUAACUCUUAGUGUCUGCCGCCGACUUUCAGCAUCUGCAUCUGAUGUGAUUUUUUUUUUUAUGCUGUGCUUGUGUAACCUUUCUGAGCUAACAUUUACCAAGAGUCAUAUCAGUUGAAGUAGAAUAUUGAAAACCUACCAAAGUAGACUGUUCUUAUACAAGUUAAAGUCUAUCUACCAGUGAUAAUAUAUUUGUUAUUAAAUUGUAUAGCCUGAAAGAGGCAUAUGUUGUUGUUUUUUUGUAAAGAUGUAUUUAUUUUUUACACAUAUUUAUAUCAUGUUUGUAGAUAUUUUUUAUGAACUGUUUAUUCAGACACUGAUUUCAUUCAUGUGUGACCUCCAGUUGUCGGCCAUUCUGCUUGAACUUAAGUUCCCAUAAAUCGAGACCAAUCGUUUUAGAAGGCCCAACACUGACCUGUGACUAUGCCAAAAAAACUGGACAGUAUUGACUUCCUCGCCUGCAAAGAGCAAUCUUAAAACUAAGAACAGGAUGCACACCACUAUUAAAUUACCGGCUACCACCUGAACAAAAUAAACUCCACACAACUACCCCUUUGCAGACACUGCGCCCACCCCUUUGAAACCGUAAACCAUAUCCUCUUUGAAUGCCCCUUCCUAAUCCACCUUAGGCCGACCAUACUUCCACUACAGCCCAACAUAACCAACACCCUGUACGGCAGUGCUGAACAACUGAAGAGAACACUAACACUAUUUUUCCUUGGCACAGUCUGCAAAAGAGCUGACAGCUCAGCAGCAAUAAAGCUGGCUAGAGGAAGAAGUGGGCAGUUUGGGAAGCUGGUUGCCACGUCACUGGUUCGACAUCAUCGGUCUAAACUUACCCCCAGAUUGCGAUGUUGCAGGUCAGUGUUCAGGCCUUUGGUAAUGAUUGGUCUCUAGUAAGUACACCAAUGUGUUCUGCAUAUGUAUAUCCUUGAGACCAGUGAGUUGAACACAAUCUGUGAAGGAGUGCCAAUGACUCCAAUGACUCUUAUCCUACCAUCUCCUGAAAUGAUCUGACGUAAUAUUUACUUUGGGGUUGUGAGCAAGAAUCCUAAAUGUCAUCCUUGUGUACAAGAUUAUCAAUGAGACAUUGUUGGUUAUCAACAGGCAAUCUUGUAUUUAUUUGUAUUUAGUCUGUGACUACCAUGCCAUGCUUAAACAUUUUUAUACAUUUAAAGGCCUUGAACAAUGAUUUUUAUGUUAUUAGGAAUCAUCUUUUUUUUUUGUCAAUUAUAAUGGCAUGCUCUGUUGUAGAGUCAUUAAAGUCUGGGUCACACAGUCGCAGAUUUACUGUAUUCAAUAUGCUCAACCAGAUCUACCUUGCUGUCUACUGUUUUAGUGUGAAUAGCGAAAGUCGUAAAGAAAAAAUGAUUCAUUGCUAACAUUUGUAUCCGAUUUUUUGAGUUUUUAAUCAUAUAUUUGACAAAUGAUAGAAAAUUCAUUAGAAAAUGUUAUGAUCACUACAGAAAGUGUGUAAAUUGUCUUGUAGACUUUACAGAGGAAUACAAUCACCACAAACAAAAAUGAUUUUUAAUUUUAGGUAUAUUCGUGGUACAAAAUAUUGACCCUAAGCAUUGAAAUAUGUAGACUGGCCAACGAGAUGAUUUGUAUUUGUUCUCCACUAACCUAUAGAUUCUCAUUAUAUCUUGUAUUGGCGUAAACAUUCUAUGUAUUUAGAAAGUACAACUAGAGUGUUAGCAAGUCCAAGUGAACAAGUGCCAUCAUUCACCAUGUCAAUAUUUGAUACUUCUACAAUGCUUCUGUACAAAGUGGCUUCUUUCCAUCAGUUUUACUGUUUGUAAGAGAACUUGCCGUGUCUACUCAGAGACCAUGUGACAUUGUUCUUCUCUGUUGCCAUAAUUUAUGCUUGUUGGAUGUAAAUAAUGUUAUAUUUCAAUGUCUUGUGAUACCAAAUCAUUUGUAGGUUUGUCCUCCAUCCCCUUUUCAUAGUUUUCAUAAUGUUUAGUGCCAUACCAUAUAUGUUAAUGACUUGUGUAUGUUUGUUUUUUUGGCAUAAUAUAUCCUGGCCAUCACUGCUGACCAAAGUUUUGUUACGGUGGUAAUAGCCACUCCACUAGGACAUUGUAUUAAAAAAAUGUAUUGUGUAGAUCUCUUCCCUUCCAUAAUGUAAGUAAAAUGCCAAUUUGCUUUCAUGUCACUGUCCUUAAGGACCACCCAUCCCUUCUGCCCUGCCCUCUUUGUCUCAUUGAAGACAUAGGAGAGAAAUCCUGUAGGGUCAACAAUUUGUUUGAUCAGUCGGUGCUGUGACACAUAUAUUUCUCGGCAUCUGCCCAGAGGAAGCCCUGAAAUGGCUUCUACUCUACAAGAACAUUGGCGGCACUCCUGGCUAAAAACAGUUGCCAGACCUCAGUAAGAAAUCUGUUAGUCACAGUAUUUAAAAGUGGGAGAUCUCAAUACAUGUUCCCAUCAUUCUCAGCCAUUGUACUAUAAACAUUGUGUACUAUAUGUACUGAACAUCUUGUACAUGUGACUUAGUUGUCCUCAGUGUUAUGGUUAUUCUAAUAAACAUGGUCUUACUACAGUC